AUGGCUCAGGCGAUGGCACAGCAGGCCUUCGAUGAGAUAAUCGAGGAAAUCGAGAGCAAUAACAGCGGUCAGAGCGCAGGUGUGCCGGAAGUGGUGCACACUCUGGAGCCGAUAGUGAUCCGCGGCAACGGAAACAUCACUCUCUUUGGUCUGUCCAACGGAUUCACAGACACCUUCCCGUCGUCCCUCUUGGGUCGUGUGUCGCGCGAAGAGUUCGAGAGUACAGUCCAUCGGAUCAAUGCCCUCCUUCGGGCCCAACACUCGACAAACGCCAAACUCCUGAUCCUCGGGUGUCUGUGUUGUUGCUGUUCAUUGGGCUGUUCCCUGUUGUGGCCGACCCUCGCGCUCUCCAAGAGAACCAAAAACUCGUUGGAAAAGUUCCUCUCAAUUAAUGGCGUUAGAAUACAGCCCCAGGAGAAGGUUAAGGCCAUUUGGAACCGACAGACACUGUUUGUCAUAUGUCUGAAGGAUCCCAAUCAAAAUGAGGGAGUACUUAAUUGGUAUCACGUGGGCAGACAUGAACCAAUUGAGGACAACAGUGAGGCCCCUGUAUACCAGCAACAUGGAGCUGAUUCGGUGAAACUGUCCCUGGUGAAUGUUCCCAAACGAAAUUCGGGAUUCUAUGAGUGCAGACAAACUAAGGAUAAUAAAGUGAUUUCUUCGGACAAAUUUGAGCUAAAAGUUUACAAUUCUAUUGAAACGGAAGGAAACAAAGAUGCUUAUGUGGGCAUAGAAGGGGAAGCCUUCACAAUGUUAUGCUUCUCUAAGUUUGAUUCUGACCGCGAGGCCACUGACGCACAGGUCUCAUGGAUUCACAACAAUAUUCGCAUUGUAGACGACGACAAGCACUUUACGGUUAGAUCUCGAGUGGAACAGUCUGUCAGUCAGAAGACAAUCCGAAGUACACUCAGCUUCAAAAGAUUGACCAAAGAGAAUGAAGGCGUCUAUACGUGUGAAUCGGUUUACGCCAACCCUUUCCUCACAGAAAUGAAGAUUAGACCUCGCUUCCCAGAAAACACACCAAGAAAUGUUUGGGUUUCAGAUGAGACCCAAUCUCCUGUCACUGUAAACGUGACAUGUCUUGUGAACGCCGACCCCAUCGCAGAGUUCCAAUGGUUCACAGGACGUGGUGCUCCCAUUGACAGAGGCGGUCUGGAUGUUAAGCACAGAAUCAUAAACACUGAGAAUCUAAGUGUUUUGUCUCUUGAAUACGAGAAUAUCGGCAAAAUUAGGAAC